AUGGCAACCUUCAAAUCCAUUCACACACGACUUCUUAAGAUUCCUGCCCCACUCCUCCCACCUGCAUCACCCCACGAUCCAACUCUUACCUCCGAGAUCGCCUCCCUCCAACUCCAUCCAACCCUAGAGACUGCACUACACAUUUUAAAUCUUGACUUACCAUCUGCACACUUUUUGGCUCGUCAUAUGCAGUCGGCGCCAGCAUUCGAAGGCAUGUAUCUACAUGGAAUUUUGCACCGAAUCGAGGGAGAUUACGAUAAUGCGAGAGCAUGGUACAGCGAUGUCAACGAGUCAGAAAUAUACUCAAAGCUUUGGGGAAGGAGUGGUCAGACUUGGAAAGCGUGGCAAAAAGAGCAUAGGAAUGGUGGCGACAGGGAUUCGUUGGACAAUGGCCAAAAGUUUUUGGAUGCUGUUCAAACCUUCAGAGAGACACAGGGCAAGGAGGCUGACAAGGCAUCACUCGAGGAACAAAGUAGAACGGAGCUUGAUGGCGUUAUCGAAUGGUGUGUAGACAUGUUUGGCACAGGCAGGAUGGUUGAUGCUAGUUCUGCUUGGGUCAAACCUAAUGAAGAGAUCAGGAAGAUGGGCGAAGAUCAAGUCAGCGGAGGCAGUGGAAGAAGAAAGUUCUGA